AUGGACGAGAAUCAGCUGUCACGCUUGCGUCUCAUCCUAAAGCCCUUCAUGCUGCGACGUAUAAAAACCGAGGUGGAGCAUGAAAUAUCGGAUAAGACCGAAGUGCUCAUCUACUGCACGCUGACAAGCCGACAGAAAGCGCUGUACAACCGUCUGAAGAGCAAAAUUUGUAUCGAAGACUUGAAUGAGGGUCCCGGCACCUUUGGUUCUCGUGCUGCCGCGAACGAGGCCACAGCUCGCCUAAUGAAUUUGGUUAUGCAACUACGCAAGGUCUGUAAUCACCCGGACCUCUUUGAUCGUCGGGAUGUACGCUUCAGCUGUUCGACUCUGCGCCCCUACGCACUCUUCAGGUUCUGGUGGCUUCCCAAAAUCCUAUUUGAUGAAGGGUUGGUACCUGGGCUUACCUGGCGUUGCUUGGAUCGCAGAGGCGCCAUCAUCCUUGAUGGUGUUGGCUGUCACAAGACGGAGGUCAUUCUACGUCACUUUCUUCUGCUCACAGCGGCCUACUUUAUGGAGUCCUUCUGGCAUCAACAAGACCAACCUCUGACCUUCUCUACGGAUUUGAGCUCAUUCGAAAAAUGUAAGCGCUCCCUUGAGGACUCACCGUCCUCAAAAUGCUUACUUGCUUGUCUUGAAAGCACGAAAGCAUGUUCUGGAUGUCUAGGACCGCUAGUUUGUCAGAUAUUUGCAUUCCAGUCUUUGACCUUAUCAGUACACACAUAG